AUGGCACAACUGCCUCUGCUCAAGCCGUCUUCUGUGGUGUUUGCCGACUUAGACACCACGCAGCUGGCUCUGCUUAAGUCGUCAAGCUACCACGUGGCUGAUCUGCCAGACGUCUCCGUGCUGCCUUGGCUGAGAAAGCUCUCCUUGAAGCUGGUUGGUGCGGAGGAGAGGAUGGCUGUGGGGAGCAGGUUGGCGCGCGUGAAGCAGGUGGAGCUGGCGCUGCAGGAGGAGGCUGUGGAGCUGCCCUUCUCCCUUGUGCUGCUCCCCCAGCUGCAUACGCUGGUCAUGUGGAACGUGGGGAAGAUGCAGCGGCUUCCAAGCGACAUGGGAUGGGCUGUGCCGCAGCUGAGGGUUCUGCAGAUCCACUGCGCGCGAGAAUUGAGGGAGCUGCCGGACAGCAUUGGCGCUACAUCCCGCCUGCACCAGCUGCACCUCUUUGAGUGCCCCGCUCUGCACCACCUGCCCGCUUCCCUCACCCAGCUUGCAUGCCUCCACCAGCUGCAUGUGGAGAACACAGGCCAGCACUGCCUUCUUUCAGAGUUUGCUCAACUGACCCGGCUGCGCAGUUUUAGGGUGUGUCAGAUCUGCUAA